AUGUCCAGCGAUAGCGAAGACUCCGAAGACCGCUCCCUGGUCGUAUACAACGAGUUCCUCAAAAUCCAACACUCCCCCCUCCUCCAAGAGUACUCCAUCUCCCGCAAGGUCGCCCGCAUCCUGCCUCUCCUCCCACCCCUCUCCGCAUGGGGCGUCAUAGAAAUCGUCUGCUACAAGCUCGGUUCCUUCUGGGACGUUUCGCCGACGGACCCUUCCUCGCCCACCACCACCUCCACCCUCCGGCGUGACCACGACAAGCGCGCCAUGCUCCGACACGAAAUCGCUUUCGAUCUCGUACACUUCUUGACCUCUCCCCAGCUUAACCUCAACCCCUACGGCAACGGCAACGGCAACCACUACGGUUCCCCCCAAAACAACCACAACAACAAUGGUACUCCCGCCCCUCCCGAAUUCCCAGGCUGGGGCUUCCCUAUCCCCUCCAUGCCGGGCGUUUCGCAGGUACAUCUCGUCUUCCACGACACGCCCAACUACUCGGACGACGAGAAGCGGUACCUAGUCAGCCGGUCGGAUUUCUUUCAUGACGAGAGCGUGUUUGUUGCCGUAUUCGACAGCGACACGCCCAACGAGGAGAGAGAUAUCAAUGGUAUUGAUCGUCAUCAGAUGCUUUGGAUCGCACCGAACCAGAUGAUUCCCAUCAUGCAGAUCAGGAUCGAUGGGACGAAGCAGCCGGCUGCGAUAUUGUGGAGGGAUCAGGUUACGGAUGGGUGGCAUGAUGGGGGAAACCACCAACACCAGCAGCCCCCCAUCCCGGUGCCACCUCACGAGCGGCCUAUGAGCACCGCCUUCCCCGGCUACAAAAAGUUCUGCUUGGAUCGACAUCCCGAAGACUCAAAGUAUGCUCUGAACUCAUCAGCUCUUUACAUCCGAGCGGAUAUCGUGGACCAGAAUUGGCCCAUUGGGUAUUACAGCCACCAUCAUCACCAUCAUUAG